UCUUGUAAGCAACAUGUUGCCAGAAAUAGAAAGAUGUUCUAUUUUUGGCAACAUGUUGCUUGGUUGCUAGCAACAAGUCGCCUCGUGUAUGAAGGCCUUUACUGUAAUUAAAUUAGAUUACGUAUGCUUCUAAGACUUAGCCUUCUUUUUGUCUGUAACAUUAUAUGCCCUCCUGGGCUUGAUCCUUUUGUGUAACUCUAAGGCUCUUUUGUACCGAUGGGGUUGAAUGGAGCCUCAGUUUCUUUGUUAUAAUUUUGGUUAUUUAAGCAAUCCCACUUUUGGGACUUGCAGUUGUCAUUGAAUUUGAAAUCAAUCUCUUUGCGGUUCAAUUAUCUUGCGGCUCACUCUAUCAUACUAAACUACCUCCGUUACUCUAAAUAUUAAGUAAUUAUUAAAAUGAUGCAACUUAGUGAACUUACUACAGAAAUUUUGCAGUAAGCCAACUUUAAUAUACUGUGACUUUUGAUCUUGUAUGUAACAUAUGUUGUUACACAGAAUAAUUUUGUCCAGCAUCAAUGCUUUGUUCAUGUACUAUAGAAACAUAAUGCUAGCAAGACUUAUGUUUAUACUUUGAUCUUGUAAAUGACAUGUUGCUAACAACAAAGCCUGGGAUAGAAUAUCAGAUGAUUAUUGAUAAAGUAGAUGUAAUUGUAAAUUAUUGUUCUUUUAUCACUAUUUUAGAUGUCUUUGAUGGAUGGAUAAGGAGAAAUCCAGUUCAAUGUACACUUUUACUUUAAGAGGGAAGCUGAAUUAACCAGCCAAGGGCACUUACCUGCAGUGUAGUGGAGGAUUUUUGCACUAAAUGGGGACGACAUUUUUCUGUGUGCUGCUCAUGCAGUGUUAUUUUCUGUUCAAUUUUCAUUUUUCUAAUUUAAUUUGAUUUGAAAUUUUAAAUUUAAAAAUUUGAUUUGAAAUACCACGCCUGCGAGCUUUAAUUAGGGAUAGUCCUAAGUCCCGUGGGCAUUCCCUUUCCAGUUUGACAUACAUGUACAGUAGAUGGGUGAGCAGUGGGUCGCCGAGUAGUUUUUCGAGACAUUCUAGUUUUUUGGGAGUCUUCGCUCGUCAUUUUUUACUCUACUUUAACGUCUGGUUGCACACCAGUGGCUAAAGGCACGUCGAAUUCAAGACUGACCUCCAAUGUCCAGUCAGGUGAUUUGUGUCUCCUGUAAGAACCCUCUAAUCCCUCUUGGUUCCAGGUUUUGUGGAAAAUGUGGAGCAGCCCAGUUACUCAUAAAGGAAUGUGUUCGCUGUAAAGUACAGCUGUCUCUCGAUGCAGAGUACUGUGUUAAAUGUAGUGAGCCUCAGCCAAAGCAAGGGAAUGUUACUGUGAAACUGAAACGAUGUCUACAUUGUGAUGCACAACUACCCUCAGAUGCUGUAUAUUGUAGUAAAUGUAGGCAACUUCAAACCUCAUCGUCACAGGAGUCUGUGAAAACACAGUGCAUAUUCUGUGGCUGUGCUAUGGCAUCAUCCACAAAAAAUUGUAUAUUUUGUACUGCACCACAAGAUUAUGAGGAACUUAACAAACGAUCUUUCAAGGCGUGUCAUGUGUGUGGUAGACAUAUUUUUUAUGAAUCUAGAGUUUGUGUCGAUAAAUCUUGCCGAGCUAAACAAAAGUCUCCUCCUACUACUCCAAUUCAUACCAUCCCAUUAACUACUCAACCUUUGGUACCACCGGCUCCUCCUUAUGAAUAUCAGAUUGUUCAGCCACAAAGUUCUCAGCUUCCUUCUUAUCCUCCUUACUAUCCUUAUGCUGCAACUCCUCCUUUUGGUCCUGGUCCUUUUGGCCCCCCUCCUUCUGGCCCCCCUCCUUCUGGCCCCCCUCCUUCUGGUUCCCCUCCUUCUGGUCCUCCUCCUUCUGGUCCUCCUUCUUCUGGUCCCCCUUCUUCUGGUUCACCUCCUUCUGGUCCCCCUCCUUCUGCUCCCCCUCCUUCUGGUUCUCCUCCUUCUGGUCCUCCUCCUUCUGGCCCCCCUCCUUCUGGUCCUCCUCCUUCUGGUCCCUCUCCUAGUCCUCCUCUUUCUGGUUCCCCUCCUUCUGGUCCCCCUUCUGGUUCCCUUCCUUCUGGUCCUCUUCCUUCUGGUCCUCCUUCUGGUCCCCCUCCUUCUGUUCCUCCUCCUUCUGGUCCUCCUCCUUCUGGCCCCCCUCCUUCUGGUCCUCCUUCUGGUCCUCCUUCUUCUGGCCCCCCUCCUUCUGGUCCUCCUUCUUCUGGUCCUCCUUCUUCUGGUCCUCCUUCUUCUGGUCCUCCUUCUUCUGGUCCUCCUUCUUCUGGUCCUCCUUCUUCUGGUCCUCCUUCUGGUCCCCCUCCUUCUGUUCCUCCUCCUUCUGGUCCUCCUCCUUCUGGCCCCCCUCCUUCUGGUCCUCCUCCUUCUGGUCUCCCUCCUUCUGGUCCUCCUCCUUCUGGUCCUCCUUCUGGUCCUCCUUCUUCUGGCCCCCCUCCUUCUGGUCCUCCUCCUUCUGGUCCUCCUUGUGGUCACCCUCCUGGGCUUCCUCCUUCUGGUCACCUUCCUGGGCCUCCUCCUUCUGGUCCUCCUCCUCCUGCAUCUGAUUUUGGUCCUCCACCUUCUGCUGGUUUUUCUCCUCCCAGACCCCCUAUUGGUCAUCCUUCUAAUCCAUCCAGUCCUCAUAUUGGUCGUCCUCCUCCUGCUGUUGGUCCUCAUAGUCUUUCUCCUGAUUCUUCUCCUGACUUGUCUUCACAACCAACUGACCCACCUUUUUUGUCACAAGAUGAACUAAGAAAAAAGUUUAAAUCAAAUCAGUCCUCUAUUUCUGAUUCUUCUGCUGCUCAAACUCCUCAGGAACAGGAAAAUAACUCAACUAGUAGUAAAAAAAGAAAUACUGCAACCACUACUGAUGUUGGUAACACUAAUGGUGUAACUGCAAAGCUUGGUGGAGCAGUCACUUGCGAAAAAGUUGAUGAUACAUUUGGAAUUAUUGGUGAUGCUACUACAGUAAUUGACAUUACUCAGAAGCCAAGCAAUACUGAAGAUGAGUGGACAAUAUUGGGUGAAGGUAAAGAAAAAUUGGAGGAAAAUAAUAAACAUUUGGAAACAGAAUAUCCAGAAGGAAGAAAAGAAGAAGGAAAUAGUGAUAAAAGUACAUAUAAUCGAUUGAGUAGAAACAGUGAUAAAGGAGAGCACAGAUCUCAUGUUGGGGUUGAUAAUAAAAGUGGAACAGUUGGAAGUGGCCGUGGUAGCACUGUAAGUGAAAUUAGCAAGGAAGACAGUGGACUUGAUGAUAAACAAAAUGAAAAAGGAAAGGAUGCCAUGGAAGGUGAAAAUAAAGGUGAAGUGAGUAAAAAAGUGGAAGGUACAAAGGAUGGAGUUGACAAAAAAGGUAGUAAAGAGAAAAAGAAUGAAAGUGGGAAAAGUAGUGAAGGUCAUGAAAAGAAUAAGCCAAGAAGUGAGAAGAAAGAUGAAAUAUGCCCAAAUUUGCCUGCAACUACAUUUGAUGUAUUUCAGCCUUCAAACAAUAAGACAAUGAAAGUACAAUUUAAUGCUGUCAUUCAAAAAGACAUUUGGAAAUGGGAAGAAGGAAGGUCAAAAGUUUACAUGAGAUUUGGACACAAAAAAAUUGGAGAUUGGAAAUAUGAUUUUGGUCCAUGCACACUGAGAGACGCUGGUAAAGGAUUCCAUUCAGUCAGAUAUGAUAUGACAAUAAGCAGUGAUUUUAUGGUGUCCUUAAGAAUUGGUCUCCCCUACAAAUAUGUAGUGUACUCUCCAUUAGUGAAAGCAACAAAACAUCAAUAUGAGUAUCUUCAUGGAGCUCCUCCUUAUUAUAAAAGUCCAGAUAAAAAUAGGUUGCUUAAAGUACCAAAGGAAAAGUUAGGUCCAGGAGGUAAAUGAUAUUUUUGAAUACAUUUAAUAUUAAUUAUUUAUUU